AUGCCGGCAUACCACUCCAUCUUUCUAGAGGACCGCGAUGUCCCCGUGAUAGGGAACUUCCCUAUUCUGCCCCUGCGCACCCGGACUCGUGGUCCCGCAUACACGCUGCCCGCACUACCCCCCAAUACUCCCGAUGUGGACGUCACCCCGGAGAGCGAGUCCUACGACUGUGUCGACGAGAUCCUGUCCCUCUUCCGAGCAAAUGUCCUGUUCCGCAACUUUGAGAUCAAUGGCCCCGCCGAUCGCAUGCUCAUUUAUGGAACCCUCUUCAUCAGCGAGUGUCUCGGCAAGGUCAAGCCUACGAUGAAUGCCCGGGAGGCCGAGAAGGCUCUGAUCAAUGCCGCUCUUGACAGCUUUGCUAUUCCCGGCGAUGUGUCUUUCCCGCUGAACCAGGCCUUUGAGCCCCCCACGCGACCGCCAGGAUGCGGAGAGCCUACGGGCGUUCGACAGGAGAUUGCCGUCCGGCUACACGCUAGAUUAUACCCCGGUGGAGAGGGGCCGUCGAAGUUUUGGCUUAGCUUUACAAAGAGAAAGUUUAUGGGAAAGAGUCUGUAG